GGAAGUCGUAGUUCUUAUGGGGUUGCAGGGACUGCUCCCUGCGUUUGCGGGGCUCCUGGUGAGCGUGAUCCUGGCUCCACUAGGGCGGCCCGUCUGGGGCUGAGAAGCUCCCUUGCCUCUUCCGGGCGGCGGGCGGUGCCAGCGCCUAUCUCCGUUGGCAGCCUGGGAAGUUCAUGUUCUCUGGAACUGCUACAGUGUGUAGUUUAAAGCUAUCCAAGGACUCCAGAUAUCUGCGGGUGAGCCACAAUUUGCUGAUAGACCCUCAAUGGAUGUUAAAGCAUGAAUUUACAGAAAUCAGAAGUAUGGAUAACACUGAGAGGAGAAGGAGACUGACAAAUUGUCUUAGAGCUUCACUAACUUGGAAAACCAAGAAGGAGAGAAUGGCCAUGGAUUUGCUGCAUGCUCAGGUGACAGAGUCUGUGACGUUCGGGGAUGUGGCCGUGCUCUUCAGCCUGGAUGAGUGGCUGUACCUGGACCCUGCGCAGAGAGCCUUGUACCGGGAGGUGAUGUUGGAGAACUACAGCUCCCUGUUGUCUCUGGGGAUUCCAUUUUCAACGCCAAAAGUCAUCUGUCAGUUGCAAGAAGGAAAAGAUCCCUGCAUGGUGGAAAGAGAACAUCCUCAAGACAUCUGUCUGGAUUUCAAGACUUGGCCUGAAAUAGAAGCAUUGCCUCCCAGACAGGACAUUUUUAUAGAAGAAACAUCUCAGGGAAUAAUACAGAAAAAAUCCACGAAGUUUGGUCAUUGGGGCAUCAAGUUUGGAGAAGCUUUGGAAUUUGAGAGCAGAGAAGAACGGGAACAACAGAAGAGACCUUUUAGGCAAACAGUCACCUCACAUAGGAAAACCAUCUGUGGUGAUGGAAACGAUGUAAGUCUUAAAUUAGGGAAAGGAUUAUUUAUAAAUACAAUUCUUGUUACACAACAGAGUGUUCCUGUAGAAACGAUACCCAAUAUAUAUUAUAGUUUUGGAAAUGAUUUCAAACACGAUUUUGAUCUAGUGAAAUGCUUCCAAAUUUAUCCAGGAGAAAAAGCUCAUAUUUGUAAUGAAUGUGGGAAAAGCUUCAAUCAGAGUCUUCAUCUUAUUGAACACCAAAGAAUCCAUACGGGUGAGAAACCCUACAAAUGUAAUGAGUGUGGGAAAACCUUCACCCAUAGAUCAUCCCUUCUUGCUCACCAGAGAAUUCAUACUGGAGAGAAACCUUACAAAUGUAAUGAAUGUGAGAAAGCAUUUAGCAGUAGUUCAACUCUUACGAAACAUCUGAGAGUGCACACUGGAGAGAAACCCUAUCAAUGUAAGGAAUGUGGUAAAGCCUUUAGCCAGUGUUCAACCCUCACUGUACAUCAGAGAAUUCAUACUGGAGAGAAACUCUAUAAAUGUGGUGAGUGUGAGAAGGCCUUCAAUUGUAGAGCAAAACUUCAUAGACAUCAAAGAAUCCACACAGGUGAGAAACCCUAUAAAUGCAGUGACUGUGGGAAAGGUUACAGCCAGCUUACGUCCCUGACUGAACAUCAGAGGCUUCAUACCGGAGAACAACUGUGUAAAUGCUUGGAAUGUGGGAGAACUUUCACAUGCAUCUCAACCCUUAUUGAACAUCAGCGAAUUCACACUGGACAGAAACCUUAUCAAUGUAAUGAAUGUGGGAGAACCUUCAACAAGUAUUCGUCCUUUAAUGAACAUCGGAAAAUUCAUACUGGGGAAAAACUUUAUACCUGUGGAGAAUGUGGGAAAGCCUUUGGAUGCAAAUCCAACCUUUAUAGACAUCAGAGAAUUCAUACUGGGGAGAAACCCUAUCAGUGUAAUCAGUGUGGGAAAUCUUUCAGCCAAUAUUCAUUCCUAACUGAACAUGAGAGAAUCCAUACUGGAGAGAAACUCUACAAGUGUAUGGAAUGUGGGAAAGCUUACAGUUACAGAUCAAACCUUUGUAGACACAAAAAAGUUCACAAUAGAGAAAAACUCUAUAAAUGGAAGGAAUAUGGGAUCAGAGAUUUCUUAGAGGAGAUAAGCCCUUUGAGGCUUAAUUUAUCUGUCAAAUAAUUCAAGACUUCUCUUUGGAGAAUAAUCAGGAGACAAAAAAAUAAGGCACAGACUCCAUAUAGCUUCUUUUUUACUUCUGGAAAAAAAUAUGCUAUUAUAGUUACCACUAAGUAGUGGUAAGAUUUGUCAGUGAAAA